CCCAAAUUCAAUAUCUCCCCUCCACUUCCCUGUACUCAUUCUCUCCUGUCAGGUGGGUCGCUCUGCGCCUCACAGCCUUCUCCACUUCACAUGGCGGAAACCGCCGCUACACAUCUCAAUACCUCACCAUUCCUCUCGAUUUUGACAGAUCUAGGCUCAGCUGCACCCUCACCCUCUACCAAUAACUCUAUGUGUCCAGUGUCCAUGAAUUAUGUGUUAACAGUCCCUUGGAACACCUCUACCUGCCAAAACUUCCAACCCUUCCCAUCCAAAAACCAAACACAGACAAGCCAAUGUUGCCAAACCCUCUUGUCCCUCUUUGGCAUAGCACUAGCAGAAAACCUCAAGAGAAACUCCCUUUUCCAACUCCCCAACCUCCCUACCUCUAUCUCAUGCCUUCAAGACUUCCAAUUCAAACUCAAUUCCCUCUCACUUCCCAAAACCCUUGCUUCCUCCUGCUUUGACCCACUUCAAUUUGUCAUCACUCCCAACAUCUGUGCUCAUAUUCAAUCCAAGCAAGAUUGGCUCAACAGGCUUGGUCCAGAUAACAUAGCACUGGUUAACACUGCCUGUAAACCAGACCUCAAUGUUCUCACCAAUUGCGGCGCGUGUGUGGAUGAAGGGCUCAAGGUUCUGCAGAAGCUCACUGCCAUGGAUGGGAACACUUCCCAUUCCAAUGAUUGCUUUUACUUCACAAUACUUUAUAUUGCUGGAGUUGUGAAUGAGUUUGGGCCUGAAAGCACAGGGACUAUGUCUUGCGCUUUGGAAUUGCCUCUUAAUUCUGAUUUAAGUUCCAGAAACAAGAGCCAUUAUCAUCUUGCUCUUGUGUUUGGGUUAACUGGAGCUUCAGUUUCCUUCCUGGUUAUCAUGUUUGGGUUUUGUUUUUGGUACACUAAAUGGAUGAAGAGGAACAAAAUUGAAAAUUUGCAAACCUUUGCUAAUGAUCUAGAGGAACAAAGGUCCAACUUUAGAUUGAGACCACAGACAGGGUCCAUUUGGUUCAAGUUUGAAGAUCUUGACAAGGCCACUAACAAGUUUUCACCUCAGAAUUUCAUUGGUAAAGGUGGAUUUGGGUCAGUUUACAAGGGCAUUCUGCCUGAUUGUGAAAUUGUCGCAGUGAAAAGGAUUGAAGAAUCUGAUUUUCAAGGAGAUGCUGAAUUCUACAGAGAGGUGGAGAUUGUUAGCAGCUUGAAGCACCGCAAUCUGGUGCCGCUAAGAGGGUGUUGUGUGGUUGAUGAAGAUGAUAAUCAUGAGUACGGAAGGAAAACAAGGUAUCUUGUUCAUGAUUAUAUGUCCAAUGGUAGCCUUGAAGACCAUCUCUUUCCACACUUGGACAGUGAAAAUGAAAAGAAAACUCUGACAUGGCCUCAAAGAAAAAGCAUAAUCUUGGAUGUGGCAAAUGGGUUGGUUUAUUUGCACUGUGGAGUUAAACCUGCUAUUUAUCACAGAGAUAUCAAGCCCACCAAUAUAUUACUUGAUGCAUGUAUGAGGGCAAGGGUUGCUGAUUUUGGACUGGCCAAACAGAGCAGUGAAAGCAGGUCUCAGCUAAAUACUAGAAUAGCAGGAACUCAUGGAUAUUUAGCCCCAGAAUAUGCAUUGUAUGGUCAGUUAACUGAGAAGAGUGAUGUCUAUAGUUUUGGUGUGGUUAUUUUGGAAAUAGUGUGUGGAAGAAAAGCUCUUCAGUUGUCUUCAUCUGGUACACCAGCUUUCUUGAUCACAGAUUGGGUUUGGUCAUUGAUGAAAUCUGGUCACAUAGAAGAGGCUUUGGAUGCUUCUCUCAUGAUAGAUGGAAAUUCCUCAUCUAGAAACAUAAUGGAGAGAUUUUUGUUGGUUGGAAUUCUUUGUUCUCAUUUAAUGGUUGCUUCCAGGCCAACUACUUUGGAGGUUUUGAAGAUGUUAGAAGGGGACCUUGAGGUUCCAUCAAUUCCUGAUAGGCCAAUGACUCUUGGGCAACACAUGUUUUCCAAUGCUGAUUCAACAGAAUGGUGAAAAACAAGAUGUAAUGGUUGCUAGCAAUCAAAUUAAAUUGUGACCCUAAUAAGUGAAUUUUACUUGCAAAGUAAGACUUCAAAUUACAUUAUUACCACCUUGUGAAUGACACUGUUUAAUUACCACUCUUGAACGGAUUUCAGUUACCUACAGUGAAGGAUACCUUACAUUCACUCAUUUAUGAUAUCUGAACUUUACAA